UCCCCCUUGCGCCUGCUUCAUUCUCACCGUUGUUGCGGUCGUUGGCAGAGGAGAGGGAGCGAAAGGUAGGAGGAUGGCGAGCCCUAAAAUCUGGUUUUCUUUGAGUGCCUUGGCACUGCUCCUCGUGGUGGCUGUGGCCGACGUCGUCGUCCUCAACGAGGGCAAUUUCGAGCAGGAGGUAGGCAAAGAGAGGGGCGCGCUUGUGGAGUUCUACGCCCCCUGGUGUGGACAUUGUAAAAAGCUUGCUCCAGAAUAUGAGAAACUUGGCGCAACCUUUAAGAAAACAAAAUCCAUUUUAAUUGGCAAGGUGGACUGUGAUGAGCAUAAGAGCCUCUGUAGCAAAUAUGGGGUUACAGGAUAUCCUACAAUAAAGUGGUUUCCUCAAGGUUCCUUGGAUCCAAAAAGCUAUGAGGGUGCACGGACUGCAGAUGCCCUUGUUGAGUUUGUAAACACUGAAGGAGGCACCAAUAUGAAGUUAGCUGUGAUUCCUUCCGAUGUAGUUGUGUUGACCGAACAUAAUUUUGAUGAAGUUGUCUUAGACGAGAAGAAGAAUGUUCUUGUUGAGUUCUAUGCACCAUGGUGUGGUCAUUGCAAGAGUCUUGCCCCUACUUACGAGAAGGUUGCAACAGCUUUCAAGCUAGAGGAGGAUGUAGUAAUUGCUAACCUUGAUGCAGAUAAGUACAAGGAUUUGGCGGAGAAGUAUGGCAUCAGUGGGUUCCCAACAUUGAAGUUCUUCCCAAAAGAUAACAAGGCUGGUGAAGACUAUGAUGGUGGUCGAGAUCUGGAUGAUUUUGUCACCUUUAUCAAUGGAAAAGCUGGCACUAGUCGUGAUUCAAAGGGGCACCUUACUUCUCAAGCUGGUAUAGUCUCAAGUUUGAGUGCAUUAGUGAAGGAGCUUGUGGAUGCUGCUGAGGGUGAACGGAAGGCAGUUUUGUCCCAGAUUGAGGAGGAGGUCGAUAAACUAGAAGGAUCUGCUGCAAGGUAUGGUAAGAUAUAUGCAAAGGCAGCAAAAGCCUUUAUAGAGAAGGGCGUGGAUUACCCCAAGAAAGAGAUGGAGAGGCUGCAGCGUAUGUUGGAGAAGUCCGUAAGCCCAUCAAAGGCCGACGAGUUUGUACUCAAGAGGAACGUCCUUUCUGUUUUUGCAUCAUCCUGAGGUGGAUGAGAUUUAUGUACCUGUAAGGAGCAACGCUGUGCCCCUUUGCGUGGACCUGAAGAAUCAUACGCUUGGGAAACAUUGCAGGGGCAGGUGAGCGAGACCCUAGUGUGGGGAAGGCAUUAGUGCGGCCUUUUUUCUAUUUGAAUGUAUCUUCUUAAUUUAGGAAUUUUUUGAAGAUCUAGUAUCAUGCUGCUUAGAUGUCACGGAUAAAGGUGUUAUUGAACCCUGCAAACUCUACCACAUUCAUGAGAUGCCACUUAUUCUCUAAAAGUCUUCCUUUUUGUUACUAAGAUGCUCAUAUUUCUUAAAAAAUUUAUAUUUUUAUUUA